CCAGAGGUCGAUUUUUACCGUCAUUUUUAAAAGUCGCUGAAAAUGUAGGAAAUUAUGCCUGUGGGGUCAUGAGCGAACUGGCAUUUUAUUUCUCUAAUGCCAAUAAGCUAGAAUACGAUGAGGAUGUUUCAGAAGAUCAGUCAUCAGUAUCGAAAAGUGUUCAGAAAUGCCCCCGACCUGUUUCAAUGUACCUGCCGUCUCAUUGUGAUUCCGAUUUGUCGCCUCCGCGUUGCCACGUUGAUAAGCACUUUGGGUUCUGCGUAUAUCACAACAGAAUAGACAAACAAAAUAGUUUUCGGUCAAGUCAAAUUCAACUUCGAGAUGGAGGAAGUUGCGUUUGCCUGUGCACAUCCGAACAUCUUCCCCCUGAAGUCGAGGUCGGAAAUGUCGAAUAUAAGCGAAAGCUAGUCAACCCUACUCCAAAUCGGUUCGAACAUUUGGUCACACAAAUGAAGUGGCGUCUGAACGAAGGUGGCGGUGAAGCUAUUUAUCGACUCGGCGUCGACGACGAUGGCCAUGUCGGUGGCCUCGCUCCCGGGGAACUGGCUGGCUCGUUAGACACGCUAGAACGCAUGGCCAAACGACUGAAUGCCACUGUUCAUUUGCUCCAGGAGCGAACCGUUGAUCAAGGCACUGUGCCGCAAAACGCUUACCAGCCCAAUGCGUCCGUAGCGAAAGAGAAACCACAGCGCAAGGCGCUCGAAUUGCUUGUCCGGCAGUCGCCGUUGACGAACUUCGGGUCUGUUAUGGUCAUCUAGGUCGUGCUGUGUUGCUCCGAUUGGCUGUUUUGAACCAUGCCGCUUUUAUUGGCUGACCAAGAAGACAAGACUUCGGUUACUAGUUUAAUCGCAAUUACCUGGAACAGAAUACCAUCAUUUGUUCCCAGUGACCCGGAAUGUUUUCUGCUUUGUACUAUUCCGUACGCUAUUCGACUUCAUAACCCCAACUUAUGUGCUCAAAAGAACUUUUUACAGGCUCUAGUGCUAUCAUGGCCUCAAGCUUCCCCAUAUAAUGACGCCACGCUUAGCCCUUCCACUAAUGUUGCCUUAGCCAGUGUCGUCACUUGAUCUCAUUGACUGGUCAAUUCACUUCUUUGAUUCAUCGUAUUUAAGCACUCAUUUUUUAUUUUCUGUGAUGUAUUGGCCUGAUGCGAACCACCGAAAACAAGCUUGUUCGCCUA